UGCGUCAUGAGGUCAAAGGUAACGGGGUCUGCUGAUAAAAGAUGGCCUGCUGUGUGUGAGUGUGCAGCCGGUGUGCAGCUCGGGCGUUUCAUCAGAACAUUAGACCUGACUAACCAUGUAUAUCUGAUACCAUAUCCCGUCCAGGUCAGUUCACUUGUCCCGGUUUCACGAGGCUUGCGUAGCCCGGUAACGUUUGUACAUCGAUCUCGAUCUCUGCUUCGAGUAAACGUUCCCUCCGGACCUCUCUAAGGCGUCUUGCCAACACUGCGAUAAAUUUCUGGUGUAUCAGACAGAGGUAAACCAAGUCAUGUUGAAAUUCAUCCUGCUGGUAAACAAGCAGGGCCAGACGCGCCUGGCACAGUACUAUGAACACCCGGAGCAGGACCGUGUCUCCAUCGAGAGAGACAUCAUCAGGAAAUGUCUGGCCAGAGAAGACAGUCAGUGCUCCUUCUUGGAAUACAAGAACUUCAAGUUGGUGUACAGGAGAUACGCUUCUCUCUACUUCAUAGUUGGAGUUGACCACAUGGAAAACGAACUUGCCAUCCUGGAACUUAUUCACAACAUUGUGGAAACAUACGACAAGUAUUUUGACAAAGUGUGUGAACUGGACAUCAUGUUCAAUCUGGACAAGGCAUACAUGAUUCUGGAGGAAAUGGUCAUGAAUGGAAGGAUAGUUGAGAUGAAUCAAAACCGUAUCCUGUUACCUAUCAGAGUCAUGGACCAGGCAGCACAAUAAUGUACCAGCCCAAUUUCCUGGGCAUGAGCAGUUGGCAUCUCUUACAGUUACACCCAACAUGAUGAACAAAUUUCCAUCUGAAUGCAGCAUAAAACAAUGCUGCAAAUAUUUGGCCUUGAACAAUAUCUCCAACAUCACUUUAUAGGAAGUAUUACAUGUCUCAUGAAGUAUUAUCAUGAAGACCAUAGAUACUGCUGUUGUUAUGCCUGAGAAAUAACUUCAAUGUAAAUAUAAAUUCCUUAAGAACGUAAGAAAGAACUAGACUGAAUUAAGCACUGAAUUAAGUACAUAAAACCCAUGUUCAUAAAAAAUGUGUUCCAAACAAUGUAAU